AUGGAUGGCCCUGUGAACGAGCGAGACAGCAUCCCCACCAUUCUCCACGCCGCGUUCCUUUCCCUUUCUUUCUUUCGUUCUUUCGUCAUCGUCGCCACCAUUUACCACCACCACCGUCAUCACCAUCACCACCAUCAUCUCGGAUCGGCCGUUGUGUACAGAGAACGCGGCGUGAACAAGCCAGACAGGAAUGUUUCACGACGCAGGUGCCUGCCUGCGACGACGUUUUUCGAAAAGAAUCUCUGUCUGCCUGCGCGGCACGCUCUCGGCCGGGGACCGACUGCAGGAUUUUGUUACCGCGUCCACGUUUUGACGAGCCGGGCCACGAUCGGGUCGACAGGUAUCGACGCUGCAGGAUGCUGCCGAAGAUGUUGUCCAAACGGAAGUUUGCUCCGCUGUUUAUUUGCACCACCGGCUGCCUUUGGACCUCGUUCAAGGUCCCCGAUCCUUCAACAUCUCUGGACAUUGUAUACUUUCGGCUGCAGAAGAUUUAUGACCUCGUCGACUUUCUCGUCCGAUAUGAAUUCCAGUUUCUGAAUUGAAGACAAAAGUCAAGGAUCAUUAGAUUAAAAAUUUCGAAAUUAAGUAAUUUAGUCUUAAAUUGUUACAUUAUGUUCUGUUCUGCGAUACCGAUUGAGUGUUAAUCCUCUAGUGAGUUUUAUUCUGAAACUAAUAACUAUUACGAAUGAGUCAUCUGGUAUUCUUCUAAUUGAUGAAUAAAAUUUUCGAAAUAUAAAUAUAAUGUAACUUUCAAGUUACACGAUGUCACAGAGUACUGGAAUGUAGUUCCCAUCUAGUUACUGUGAGAACGUGUCAAAGUAAAUUAAAAGUUCAAAUGUCAGACACUUAUUUCAGAG